CCCUUUGUAUGUAUCUAUCAUUACUUAAGCCUUCUAAGAAAGUCUUAGUUCUAGGUUACACGCCCUUUUUGUGAUUAUCUAUGGUGAGCUGUUCCAAUUUCCAUCAUCAUUCGUUCAGUAUUAAGUAGCAGCAGUAAAUCCCAAACUACUCUGAGUUCCCAAUUUGAGAGCUAUAUAUAAACUUCCUUCAAGAACACUAUUCACCCUGCCAAAGGAAAUAAGUUACUAUCAAACUGCUCGCCCUGUUGAAUUACCAAAGGUGUAAAAUCUUGAAUAGGACAGAAAUACAAGAAAGCAAAGAUGAAAAUACAAAGAAGACUACGUGUAGUACUAGUACCAUACCCAUUCCAGGGGCAUGUAACACCUAUGCUUCAGCUUGGUAGUAUCCUUCAUUCACAAGGCUUUUCUGUUAUAGUUGCACAUACUGAAUACAGUGCUCCUAAUUAUUCCAAUCACCCCGAAUUCGUCUUCCAUUCUAUGAAUGACGGAUCACACGGAAUAGACAUGUCAUUCCCGAGUUUAGAGAAUACAUAUAGUAUGAACGAGAACUGCAAGGCGCCCUUGAGAAAUUACCUCGCUAGGAUGAUGGAAGAGGACGAGGAAGAAGAUGUUCAAGGCGAUCAGCUCGCUUGUAUCAUUUAUGACAAUGUUAUGUUCUUCGUCGAUGAUGUAGCCACUCAGCUGAGGCUCCCCAGUAUUGUCCUCCGCACUUUCAGUGCUGCAUAUUUGAACUCUAUGCUCACCAUUUUUCAGGAACCAGAAAAAUAUCUUCCUUUUGAAGAGUCUCAGCUGCUGGAUCCGUUGCCGGAACUUCAUCCCCUCAGGUAUAAGGAUCUAACAUUUCCUGCCAUCGAUAAUACAGUUCCUGAACCAGUACUAGAGUUCUGUAGAGCAAUGAGCGAUAUAGGAUCAUCUGUCGCGACUAUUUGGAACACGAUGCAAGACUUGGAGAAUACAAUGUUGUUACGCCUUCAGGAACAUUACAAGGUGCCCUUCUUUCCAAUAGGCCCUUUUCACAAAAUGGUGCCUUCAAUCUCCUCGACUAGCAUACUGGAAGAAGAUAGAAGUUGCAUCGAGUGGCUCGAUAAACAAGCUCCUAACUCUGUUCUCUAUGUCAGCUUGGGUAGCCUAGUAAGGAUUGAUGACAAAGAGCUAACUGAGACUGCUUGGGGAUUAGCUAACAGUAAGCAACCGUUCUUGUGGGUAAUUCGACCGGGAUCUGUCUCUGGCUUUCAAUGUGCUGAGGCACUGCCAGAUGGUUUUGAGAAAAUGGUAGGAGAAAGAGGCCAGAUAGUGAAAUGGGCACCACAAAAACAGGUGCUUGCCCAUCCCGCGAUAGCUGGAUUUUUCACACAUUGUGGUUGGAAUUCUACACUUGAAAGUAUUUUGGAAGAAGUCCCUAUGAUAUGCAGGCCGCUUUUAGCUGACCAAUUUGUGAACGCAAGGUAUCUUAGCCAAAUAUAUAAGGUUGGGUUAGAAUUGGAGGUGAUCGAGAGAACCGUUAUAGAGAAAACAGUAAGAAAACUCAUGUUAAGUGAAGGAGGCAAAGAUUUGAAGAGAAGGGUAGUAGAGAUGAAACAAAACAUAGUUGCUGGUAUGCAGAUGGACGGUUCUUCACAAAAGAAUCUGAAUGAUUUGGUAGACUUCAUUUCUUCCUUGCCCUCACGGUGCUCUCCGCCAACGCCUGUAGCAAUCAUGUGCUCAAACCAUACAUCAAGCAAGUGUAUCAUAGAGUCCUGAUGUUAGAAGAAUUCAAUUUUUGUUGCCUGCUAGCUUUGCAAGACAACAUGUCCUGAAUCACAAAAGGACGAAUAAGAUGUAGUAAACUUUACUUAUUAUGUUUUGGGGUUGUGGCAAGGCCAUCGGCCCAACGCUGAAGCAAUUUAGCAACCUGUUACUUGCCUUGUCAACUACUUUCUCAUCACUUCUGUUUGUUGAAUGGUUUACUAAGUUAGAAACUUUGACAUAUUGUUUCCUAGUUGGUAGAACUGAGUUAAGUUUCUUCUUAUCAUUUAUGAUGAUUGUUACACCCUCCACUGACACAAUUUCGUUAUUAAUUCCUUAAGAAAA